AUGCCUUCUCCGACUAGACUAGAGUCUAGACUUCGAAAAGGCAGUCACUGUGCCUGUCAGAUGUACCAGGGACGUUCAGCUUCAAAAUCAGGAAACAAAAGUCUGUUGGUAGAUGAGACCUCACUGAGCCUCCUUUUCUCUCUGCAGACCUUUGCAGGAAACAUGAAUGCUGACAGCGUGAUGCACCACAAGUUACUGCACUCAGUGAGAGCCCGCUUCGUUCGCUUUGUGCCCCUAGAAUGGAAUCCAAGUGGAAAGAUUGGCAUGAGGGUGGAGGUCUAUGGAUGCUCCUAUAAAUCAGAUGUUGCUGACUUUGAUGGCCGAAGCUCCCUUCUGUAUAGGUUCAAUCAGAAGCUGAUGAGCACUCUCAAAGAUGUGAUCUCUCUGAAGUUCAAGAGCAUGCAAGGAGAUGGGGUUCUGUUCCAUGGAGAAGGUCAACGUGGAGACCACAUCACGCUAGAGCUCCAGAAGGGGAGGCUCGCCCUGCACCUCAACUUGGAUGACAGCAAACCUCGGCUCAGCAGCAGCCCACCCUUGGCCACCCUGGGCAGUCUGCUGGAUGACCAGCACUGGCACUCGGUCCUCAUUGAGCGGGUCGGCAAGCAGGUGAACUUCUCUGUGGACAAGCACACACAGCACUUCCGCACCAAGGGUGAGGCAGAUGCCUUAGACAUCGACUAUGAGCUUAGUUUUGGAGGAAUUCCAGUACCAGGCAAACCUGGGACCUUUUUAAAGAAAAACUUCCAUGGAUGUAUUGAAAACCUUUAUUACAAUGGAGUAAACAUAAUUGACCUGGCUAAAAGACGAAAGCAUCAGAUCUACACUGUGGGCAAUGUCACUUUUUCCUGCUCCGAACCACAAAUUGUUCCCAUCACAUUUGUCAACUCCAGCAGCAGUUAUUUGCUGCUGCCCGGCACCCCCCAAAUUGAUGGGCUCUCAGUGAGUUUCCAGUUUCGAACAUGGAACAAGGAUGGUCUGCUUCUGUCCACAGAGCUGUCUGAGGGCUCGGGGACCCUGCUGCUGAGCCUGGAGGGUGGAACCGUGAGACUCGUGAUUCAGAAAAUGACUGAACACACAGCUGAAAUCCUCACAGGCAGCAGUUUGAAUGAUGGCUUGUGGCAUUCAGUUAGCAUCAACGCCAGAAGGGACCGCAUCACUCUCUCUCUGGAUAAUGAUGCAGCAUUCCCAGCCCAGGACACCACCCGCGUGCAGAUUUAUUCUGGAAAUAGCUACUACUUUGGAGGGUGCCCUGACAAUCUCACCGAUUCCCAAUGUUUAAAUCCCAUUAAGGCUUUCCAAGGCUGCAUGAGGCUCAUCUUUAUUGAUAACCAGCCCAAGGACCUCAUUUCAGUUCAGCAAGGUUCCCUGGGGAAUUUUAGUGAUUUACACAUUGAUCUGUGUAGCAUCAAAGACAGGUGUUUGCCAAACUACUGUGAACAUAGAGGAAGCUGCUCCCAGUCCUGGACUACCUUCUACUGUAACUGCAGUAACACGGGCUACACUGGUGCCACCUGCCAUAACUCCCUCUACGAGCAAUCCUGCGAGGUGUACAGGCACCAAGGGAACACAGCUGGUUUCUUCUACAUUGACUCUGAUGGCAGCGGGCCACUGGGACCCCUCCAAGUGUAUUGCAACAUCACAGAGGACAAGAUUUGGACAUCAGUUCAGCACAAUAACACAGAGCUGACCCGUGUGCAGGGUGCGGACCCUGAGAAGCCCUAUACCAUGGCCUUGGAUUAUGGUGGCAGCAUGGAACAGCUGGAAGCCAUGAUUGAUGGUUCAGAGCACUGUGAGCAGGAGGUAGCCUACCAUUGCAGAAGGUCCCGCCUGCUCAACACUCCAGAUGGAACACCAUUUACCUGGUGGAUUGGGCGGUCCAAUGAAAGGCAUCCUUACUGGGGAGGUGCCCCGCCUGGGGUUCAGCAGUGUGAAUGUGGCCUGGAUGAGAGUUGCCUGGACAUUCAACACUUCUGCAAUUGUGAUGCUGACAAGGAUGAAUGGACAAAUGAUACUGGCUUUCUUUCCUUCAAAGACCACUUGCCUGUCACUCAGAUAGUUAUCACUGAUACCAACAGAUCAAACUCAGAAGCUGCUUGGAGAAUUGGUCCCUUGCGUUGCUAUGGAGACCGGUACUUCUGGAAUGCGGUAUCAUUUUAUACAGAAGCCUCUUACCUCCACUUUCCUACCUUCCAUGCGGAGUUCAGUGCUGAUAUUUCCUUCUUUUUUAAAACCACGGCUCUAUCGGGAGUUUUCCUAGAAAACCUUGGCAUGAAAGACUUCAUCCGACUUGAAAUUAGCUCUCCAUCUGAGAUCACUUUUGCCAUUGAUGUUGGGAAUGGCCCUGUAGAGCUCAUAGUUCACUCUCCUUCUCUUCUGAAUGACAACCAAUGGCAUUACGUCCGGGCUGAGAGGAACCUCAAGGAGACUUCACUCCAGGUGGACAGCCUCCCAAGGAUGACCAGGGAGACUUCGGAGGAAGGCCAUUUCCGAUUGCAGCUGAACAGCCAGUUGUUUGUAGGUAAGGGACAUUUUGAGUCCCCUCUGUACUAA